UCAGAGGCUGGACGUUAGUGGAAACUUGGAGGUGCCAAAAGAGAAGACAAAAUGGGGGAAGUGCAGUAUUUUAUAUGCAUCUUCUUGGCUCUCUUUGUGCAUCCGUCUAAAGCUCUAGAAUUUACCUACAGCAAACAGACGGCAACAGAUAAAAAUAGCAACGUCUGCGGCCAUAUCCGCUGUGUCCAGACCGUCAAUGACGACAUUAUGUCCAUAUGGAAGCUCCAGAUCUUCGACAUCGCUUUGAACGGGUCGGUGCUGGCUACGGUGACAGCAAUAAGGAAAGCUGUCCAAACGUCAGGCGAGUUUGUCCUGGUGUCUCGUACAUUCAACAAGCAGCAGGCAGCGCUGACCCUUGGGCUGACCAGGGACGCCGACUGCAUACGAGGGUCGUUCAUGUGUGAGGUGGGGUACAUCGAUCACGUGGGCAACAGGCAGACAGAUGUCGCAAUCGUUAGAGCCAGUUCUGCAGCGUCCUCUGGUGGCGGCUGUGGGCAUGAGGUGUCCUCGGGUGUUGAGGUGUUACAGAGAAGUCUCUCGAGGAUGUUGACAACAAAGCUGGAAGAAAUCAACAACACAAUGGGGCAAUAUGUCAAGUCCGUACAGAAUGAAUGUUUAAAUCCCGACAAAAACAUGAAGAGAGAGUGGAGGCUGGCGUUCCGUGGGACAGCUGGGGUAGGCAAGUCUGUGUACCUGGCCUACAAGGACGGUGUGGGGAUACCCGCGGAGGUGGAGGAGGGAUGUAAGCAGGUAGCAGCACCAUUGCCUUGCACAAACCACUACAGAAACAACGCCGUCAUGGACAACUGGUCCGGGAUUUCCGAGGUCGCUUUCGCAGUUUAUAAAAACAAUGUCAAGGUCAAGCAAGUUAUCUUUGAUGGCAGAGCGACUAACUACAUGAGCUGGUUUGAUAGAGCAAGAAUACAAGACUCUUCCUGGAUAGAUUUGAGGACCACUGGCGCCAAUGUGUUCAGUAUUGUUGGUAUUGAAAACGGUUCCCAUAGGAGGAGAAUGUACAUGAAUCACGUACACAAUGCAUGUCAUGGUGAUUAUGGCUGGUUCGCUGCCAUCGACAACACACAUGGCGGCUGUCCAUGGGAAAAUAAUCUUGCGUUUCCGGUGUUUAAGUAUUCGACCUUGGACCGUGUGACCAACUGGAUCAGCAAUGUCGACACGGCUGACUUCAUCGCCAUCUUUGUCCGUUACUUCAGCGUACCCUGAUCAAGUUCAUCGUCUAAAAUAUUAAAAAUUAAAUAACAAAAGUUCUUUUUGUAAAAACUCAUCAAAGGUUUAGUAAAUAAAUAUGGGACUGAAAUUUUUAUUUUCAUUUGCGCUUUUGAUCCAAAAAUGUAUUUUUAUUAAAAAAUCAGUAGAGAACGUAAAUAAAAACUUAUAGUAAUUCA